AUGGCUGAUCACUACACUGUCCUUGGAGUCCCUCGCGAUGCAGAUUACACCACCAUCAAAGCUGCUUACAACAAAGUCGUCCUCAAGGCUCACCCGGACAAAGGUGGCUCACCUGAAGCGUUCAUCCAGAUCCAACAAGCAUACGAAAUCUUGAAAGAUACCGUCACUCGAGCAGCGUGUGACUUGAAGCAGCGACGCCGGUGUCGUCCAGACAAGAAGAAAGAGAGCAAGGCUCAACAACAGCGUGCGCAGGGCGAUACCCGGCCUUCGAACAUUCCAAGAACGCCUGUUCCUCCUUACAAGUCUAGGGCCUCGCACACUCCAAACUGCGAUUUCUUCGGCUUCGGCUUCGGCCGCCCAGGACAACCAGUGCAGCAAACCGGCACCUAUCCCUCGACAUUCGCGCAAGCAUACGCUCAGAUACAUACGCAUCCCCCGACAACUCAUAAAUCAGAAUUCGACGUGGUCCUGAAACUCCGAAAGCAAGCAGAUCUGUACGUUGCCCGGACCGAGAACAUGAUCAAGAACCUGCGGAUAACCACCACCUCCAACGAGAUCUCAAAGGAAACGUGGUGCCAUUUGCUACAUCUCAGAGUGAGGCUGGUCAAUCGAGCGCUGGAGCUUCAGGCAAGACAGAACGCCCUGCAGAUAUGCCAGUUGCAGAAUACGCUGUUGUUCUGCUGCGAGUCGCCGCCGGCCUGGGACUUGCAGUUCUAUGCACAGGCCGUGAGCGACGAUGACAAGAUUUCAAAGGAACUGCAGAGUUUGGUGGGCUCUAUUGUAGGCACGGCGGCGUACAUGAGAAGGCGCCAGGCCAUGGGAGAAAAGGAGGUGGGAGGCAUGGAGGUCGACGACGAUGUGGUCAGUCGGGUUUUGGAGGAUGCGGUGUACGACAUGAAGAAGUUCUUGAUCGGGUUGCUGUUUGUUCCUGAAGAGCCUACCGAUGACAAUGCCGCAUAA